CCAGGUGCAGCCUGCAAGCAGCAGCAGAAGGCUUCGCUGCUCGUCUGACACAACAGCGAAGCAGCGCAGGACACAGCCGUCGAGGACUCUCACUGCCAGGCUCAAGCAGGAGCCCGGCGCCCGGCGGAGUCUGGGGUCCGCAGACGCUACCGCUACAUCCGUAGCGUGCUCGCCGCUGUGGAGCAGCGCACAAGCCACGCUGCACGCCCAUAAAGGCCUGCCUUCCGACCACAUGCGCCGGCGUGCGCCUCAAGUCAUUGCACAAGCCAUGGCACUCUCCGUCUCGCCACUCGGCACGGCUGCGCUGGCGGCACUGGCCGCUGCACUGCUGCUGCUCGCCAUGCAGGUGCUGCGGCCGCUGCUCGCCGUGCGCGGCCGCCUGCCGCCGGGCCCGCCGCACUCGCUGCUCACCGGCACGGCCAUCCCCGACACGCAUCCGUGGCGCACCAUGGCCGAGUGGACGCGCCGCUACGGCGACGUGUGCACCGUCCGCGUGGGCCCCGCGCAGCUGCUCUUUGUCGUCGGCACGGCACGCGCCGCCCAUGCGCUGCUCAACAAGCAGGCCGGCGUCUCGAGCGGCCGCCCGCGCAACAUCAUGGCCGGCGAGCUCAUGUCCGGCGGCAAGCGCAUGCUCAUCAUGGACCACAAUGACCGAUGGCGCACAUACCGCAAGGUCAUGCACGAGGCGCUGGCAGACCGCCCGGCACAAGCCUACGAGCCUGUGCAGGUCAAGGAGAGCCGUCUGGCCAUGCAGCGUCUCGGCGACGGGCCCGCCGACUGGCAGAACGUGUGGCGCACGUAUGCUGCCAGCGUCAUCAUGACCGUCACGUACGACCAGCCCGUCACCUCGCUCGACGACCCGCGCGUUCGCGCCGUCAACGAGCGCCUCGGCAUGCUGGCGCGCUACGUGCGGCCCGGCGCCUCGAUGCUCGACCGCUUCCCGCUGCUCUACUACAUUCCCGAGCCGCUCAAUCCCUGGGUCAAGCUCGGCAAGCAAUUGCACGCCCGCGAGCUGGACCUCUUCCUCUCGCAGUACCAGGCCGUGCGUACGCGCGUCAAGGCCGGCGAGGGCAGUGCCAGCUUCAGCAGCAAGCUGCAGGAGCGGCAGGAGAAGAUCCACCUCACGGACGAGGAGGCCAGCUACAUGGCCGGCUCGCUCUUCGGCGCCGGCAGCGACACGACGGCGGCGGCGCUCUCCAUCUUCGUCAUGGCCAUGCUGCGCUUCCCGCACGUGCUGCGCCAGGCCGCCGCGGAGGUCGACCGCGUUGUGGGUGAGAAGCGGAUGCCGACGUUCGAGGAUGAGGCCGCGCUGCCCUUCAUCCAGGCGUGCGUGCAGGAGACGAUGCGCUGGCGGCCCGUCUCGGCCGGUGGCUUCAUGCACCGCCUCACGGCGGACGUGCAGUGGGAGGGCUACACGCUGCCAAAGGACUCGUCGAUUAUCGGCAACCACUGGUCCAUCUCGCUGGACGAGAACGAGUACCCGGAGCCCGAUGUGUUCAAGCCCGAGCGCUUCCUUGACGAGACAGGCCAGUGCAAGGGCACCUGGUUCUCGCCGCAGGACGGCCACGUCGCCUUUGGCUUUGGACGGCGCAUCUGUCCCGGCAUGCACGUAGCGAAUCGCAGCCUGUUCAUCAACUUCGCCAGCCUGGCGUGGGCAUUCAACAUCACGUCGUCCGUGCCCGCCGAGGAGACGGACACGCUGGCGUUCACGUCGGCAGCCAACAGCCAUCCGCUGCCGUUCGAAGCGCACUUCGAGUGGCGCAGCGAGGCAAGACGCGCAGUGUGUGAGGACGAGGUGCAGACGACAAAGGACAAUCAGAUCCACGGAUAGCGCACAGCCGGACGUGCCGGGACAGCUGGACAACGCAUGACCUCUAUUCCUUCUGCGCAUGGUCGUGAAUGCGUAUGAUUAUGUGCGGAAGACGCAGGUGGGCAUCUAG